CUGAAAAACAGAGAAAGUGCUUACCGGCAGUGGCCUGGCGAGAUUUGUUUGGUGGGAAUCGGUUUUCAGAGCUGCACGCGGUUUCUGCUGUGACUUCUGUUCUCCUGUGUUUCCGAAAUAAGGUCUCUGCAAUAUCCAACUGUAUCAGGCGUCAGAUCACAUGAGCUUCAUUGUCUUCACUUCCAUUGCAACAGUCCCUGUGAAUGAGUGGGCAACACUGUGAGCAUUAACCCCAGCACACAGCAGUCUCAGAUGUUCGGUUCAUGGUUGAAGCCAAGCGACCCAGGACUAAAUACAACGUUUUCUUCUGAAUUAUAAGUAGAGGCAGUUGUGAUUGGACGGUUGAGAGAGAGAGAGAGCUGCUGGGAAAGCAACAGGGGUGCACUCAAGUGUUAAACUAUCUGACAAAGGAUGUGAAGCAUGGAGAAACCAAGACAGAGUCGGCAGAAAAAUGGUAACUGAAGUUGGACUUUUAGUACAUUAAACAUGGAUGGACCUGCAAGCGGAGCGGUAGAACCUCAAGAGACCGAUGGCACACAGAACCGACCCAAGGAUGAAGUGGACAGGGUCUCGCAUGUGUCUGAAGAGACUGGAGCACAGACCUCCAGGGAGAGCCGGAAGCUGGACUGCAUCAUCUGCUACAGUGCGUAUAAUCUGGGAGAGAGACUCCCGCGCAAACUCUACUGUGGUCACACGUUCUGCCAGGCCUGUCUGAAGCGGCUGGACACCCUCAUCAAUGAGCAGAUGUGGAUCCCGUGUCCACAGUGCCGGCAGAACACUCCUCUACCUCGCAGCGGUGCCACCGGACUAGACCUAGACCUGGCAGCAUUUCUGGGUGUUAAAGCUGAAGUGGAAAACCAGCGAACCCACAGCCAGCAAGCACCACUUGAGACCAAGCCCUCCUUUAUAAAGCAGCCAAUCACAGAUCAACCACCCUCAGCCUGGGCCAAUGUGGCAGAAGCAGAGCGUCGCCUCCACAGGAACCAUUGUUGCAAGCACUGCCUGCUCUGCUGCUGUUGGUGGUGCUAGAUUCACAGUCACAUACCAGCUAUCAAUCGCUUUUUGCUGGGGAUGGUGCACAGACUCUUUGACAGUGAGAUUUAAAAAUAAUAAAUUAAAAAAAAUAAUAAUUCACAACGGAAUUGUUCAG